AAUGCAAAAUUUGAGAAAGUUUUUGAAUCAAGGAGGAGGAGAGGAAAAGAAUGAAGGAGAAAAUAAUGGAAAUUUAAAUAAAUUAAAAGAAGAAAAUAAAUUAGUAAAUGACGGCAAUCAUCCAGUGUUUUUUGGAAGAAAAAUUUCCUCCCUCGGUGAUUUACAACAAACAUUUACCCCCGAAGGUUUAUUGGAAACCCCUUCUUCUGCAUUUGUUCGUUCUGCUGCAAAUAAAUUAAUUAAAAAAGAUAAAGAAAUUGAAGAAAAUAAAAAAGAAAAUGGAAUAAUUAAUACUUUAAUUACAAAUAACAGACAACCAAGAGCUAAUAGUAAUUCGAAAUUGGCAAGAAAAAAUUGUUUCUUUUCUCCAUUACAAUGUUCAUUUUAUUAUAAAAGUAAUUCAAACUUUGCAAACAUGCUUAUGAGAGGAGAUGAAUAA